AUUCAAUGUCCAACAACCAAUAAAACCCCAGUACUGAAUAAUGGUGUGAAGAUGAGUGGAAUCAGGCAAUCAGCCAUCUCUGCAAUGCAAUUCUCGCUGGAAUCGCUAUGAACACAACUACAAACAACAACCCAGACUUGGUGGUGGACCCACAACAGCCACCGAACGUCUUUCCCCAGCUACAGACCCAACCCCAGCCUCAACAGCAGCCGCGGCGGCCCAGGGGAUUCGCGGCCACAGCCGCCGCCACCGCUGGCUCCGGGAAGCCUAAGAAGGAGAGGGAGAAGGAGAAGGAGCGUACCAAACUUCGGGAGCGACACCGCCGCGCUAUCACUAGCCGCAUGCUCGCUGGGCUCCGGCAGUACGGCAACUUCCCCCUUCCCGCUCGUGCCGACAUGAAUGACGUGCUGGCAGCCUUGGCCCGUGAGGCCGGCUGGACCGUCGAGGCUGAUGGCACCACCUACAGGCAGUCUCUUCCUCCUUCUCAGAUGGCAGCAUUCCCUGUGAGGUCAGUCGAAAGCCCACUAUCAACUAGUACAUUGAAGAAUUGCUCUGUUAAGUCAUCGCUCGACAGUCAGCCACCGGUUCUCAGAAUUGAUGAGAACUUGUCACCAGCAUCUCUCGAUUCUGUUGUUAUGGCCGCUAGUAAUACAAGAGGGGAAAAAUAUGCAAGUGUCAGCCCGAUCAACUCGGUUGAAUGCUUGGAGGCUGAUCAACUUAUUCAAGAUUGUCGUCCUGGAGACCAUGAGAAUGAUUUUUGCAGCACUCCAUACGUCCCUGUUUAUGUUACACUUGCAACUGGAUUUAUCAACAACUUUUGCCAGUUGGUUGAUGCGGAAGGUGUCAGACGGGAGCUAAAUAAUUUGAAGUCUCUGAAUGUAGACGGUGUUGUUGUAGAUUGUUGGUGGGGAAUUGUUGAAGCUUGGAGCCCACAAAAAUAUAUAUGGUCUGGCUACAGGGAAUUGUUCAACAUCAUGUGUGAAUUCAAGCUGAAAUUGCAGGUUGUGAUGGCAUUCCAUGAGUAUGUGGCAAAUGAUACUGGUGAUGUGCUUAUAUCUCUCCCUCAAUGGGUGUUGGAGAUUGGGAAAGACAACCAAGAUAUAUUCUUCACAGAUCGUGAAGGGAGGAGAAAUACUGAGUGUCUAUCUUGGGGAAUUGACAAGGAAAGAGUUCUGAAAGGAAGAACUGGCAUAGAGGUCUAUUUUGACUUCAUGAGAAGCUUCAGGACUGAGUUCAAUGACUUGUUUACCGAAGGUCUUAUUUCUGCUGUUGAAGUUGGCCUUGGAGCAUCUGGGGAGCUGAAGUAUCCUUCAUUCUCUGAGAGAAAUGGCUGGAGGUAUCCAGGUAUUGGUGAAUUUCAGUGCUAUGAUAGAUAUUUACAAUGUAGUCUACAGAAAGGUGCAAAAUUGCGUGGGCAUGCAUUCUGGGGAAGGGGACCUGAUAAUGCUGGUCACUAUAAUUCUAGGCCUCAUGAAACGGGAUUUUUCUGUGAACGAGGUGAUUACGAUAGCUACUAUGGCCGCUUUUUCCUCCAUUGGUAUUCACAGACACUAAUAGACCAUGCUGAUAAUGUUUUGUCUCUGGCAACUCUUGCUUUUGAGGACACAAAGAUAAUUGUUAAGAUUCCUGCAAUUUAUUGGUGGUACAAGACUGCCAGCCAUGCAGCAGAGCUAACAGGUGGAUAUCAUAACCCCACGAACCAGGAUGGAUACUCUCCAGUUUUUGAUGUUCUUAAAAAACAUUUGGUGACAGUAAAAUUAGUCUGCCCAGGAUUUCAGUUACCUACUGAGGAAGAUGAUCAAGCAUUUGCUGAUCCUGAAGGUUUGAGUUGGCAGUUUUUAAACUCGGCAUGGGAUCGAGGGUUGAAUUUAGCUGGUGUUAAUGGUCUUUCAUGUUAUGAUAGAGAGGGGUGCAUAAGGGUAAUUGAGAUGGCCAAGCCAAGGAAUGAUCCUGAUCGCCGCCACUUUUCGUUCUUUAUAUAUCAACAACCGUCUCCUUCGGUUCAGGGCACCAUCUGCUUCUCGGAUUUGGAUUACUUCAUCAAAUGCAUGCAUGGAGUAAUAUCCGCUGACUUGUUACCCUGAUGGCUAUGUUUAGAGAGAAGAAACAAAUGGUAUUACUCGAGCAAUGGAUGUCAUAGAUUUGUAGUUUUCCUUGAUGGUGGUUUAUUGCUUAUUUCUUCCCCGACCUGAGUAAGCUGAUAGAGGUUAACUGUUGUAUUUAUAUGUUUACAUGUAAGUAAAGUAACUGAGUUUAUGAACUAGUGUUUUGUCAUAAUGUAAGAUCCUAUGGUAGAAGUGGAGAACCUGUUUUCCUAUGUUUGCGGCUGAA